GAGUCGCAAUACUCCCUCCCGUCUCAGUGGUGGCGGCCGGCCUGGUCGCUGCUACCAAGCUCCUUUCCGCCAAGGGCCCCCCCGUCCGGCCGUCCGUGGUAGUAUUCCGGAAAGAAGGCUUGGCGCUGUCCCUCCUCUCCAUCCAUCAUUGCCGCCCGAAACGGCAACCCGCCAUCCACCAUCCCCAGCAGCCAGAGCUAGCUAGCAGACUCUCCUCUUAUCUCCCCCGCGGCUUCCCUCCAUGUGCCCGCCUGCAGCUCGCCGCUCCACCACCACCGCCAUUUAAUCCCGCCUCGCUGCUUGCAGCAGGCCGGCCGGCAGCUAGCUUGCUAGCUAGCUCCGUCAUCAUUCCUUCCCAGCUCUUUUGUUGUUAUUCGCUCAUCAAUCAUCACUGGCUCGCCAGGCCGGCCAUUCGUCCACCUCCAUCCAGCCGCUACCGGCCGCGCUCUCGAUUGUGUAGAGUGUAGCAUCUGCCGGCGGGCGGCCGUCCGGUAGCUGCCGGCACGAACCAGCCAGGCGGCGGAGUGAUGGCUGCGGCGCCGGCGGCGCCCAGGCCCAAGUCGCCGCCGGCCUCGCCCGACCCCUGCGGCCGCCACCGCCUGCAGCUCGCCGUCGACGCGCUCCACCGGGAGAUCGGCUUCCUCGAGGGUGAAAUAAGUUCUAUUGAGGGGGUCCACGCUGCCUCCAGAUGCUGCAAAGAGGUUGAUGAGUUCGUGGGAAGAAACCCCGAUCCAUUCAUAACGAUUCAGCCAGAGAAACGAAGCAAUGAUCAAUCUCAGCAGUUUCUGAAGAAGUUCAGAGCUAAGAGCUGCCUGAGCUACCUGUCGUGGAUCUGCUGCUGCGGCGGGUGCCCGCCGUUCCAGCUGAAGAUGAGGCCGGGGGCGGCGGCGAGCUGCUCCUGCGGCGGCGCGCAGGUGCGCAAGCUCUGCGCCUCGUGCUGCUCCUGCUGCUGCUGCUGCCGGUGCCGCGUGGUGUGCGCCGGGUGCUGCGGCGGGUGCUGCGCGCCGUGCCCGCGCUGCUCGUGCGACUGCGCCUGCCCGCGGUGCUGCUCGUCGUCGUGCGCCUGCCCCGGCUGCGGCGGCGGCGCGUGCUGCGUCCCGCGCUGCUGCCUGUGCCUAUGAUAUGAUGGCGAUCGGAGAUGAGAGAGUAUUUUUUUUUUUGGUUGCGUGCGCGCGUGCUGCGUUUAGAUCGAUCGAUGCUGCUGCUACCCUGAUGAUGAAUGAGGAUGAUGGGUUCUGAUGCUGAUGGAUAUUGGCAGUCUGCAGUGUGCCUGCUUUUGGUCUAACUAGCUUUCGCGUGUCACGAGUGUUGGUGGUGACUGCAUGUCUUCUGACAAUGCGGCCUGGUCGUGGCAAUGCGCCUGCCCUGCGUGCGUGCCCUGGCAUGACGCUGCCAAGAUGGCCGAGGACUUGAGGACAAGCCGGGACGCCGGUGCACCGCAGUGCAGCAAGGAGAUGGCCGGCCUCUAUGAGCUCCCGGUGCAGCGAGAGCUUUGGGAGGCCGGAGAGGAAGCGAGUUCGUCGGAGUCGGAGUCACUGGGGUCUGCCGCCUGUCGCGCCUCCGCCCCGUGAGAAUCGACAUCGCCGCCGGGGUCCUUUGCUAGGCGGUUAAUUGAGUAAUUGGGCCAUGGUUAUGAUGGGUCCUGACCCUUUGAAACAACAUUGUAACAUGAACCAGAACUGGACCCCCAAAAUGAACCGGAAGCAGGUGAUGCCUUUUUCUCUUU